UGGAAUGAUCUCGGUCCACUUGUUUUACAGUCAACAACAGUAGAAGAACUCCCAAAUAUGAAGAGCUUCUUGCUUCUCGCUCUUACAGUUCUGGCUGCAGCAGCCAACGCUGCCCCGACUGCCCAGUCUGGUUCUCUCUUCGAGACGACCACCACUACCAUCAGUCCUUUGAGUUUUGGCAGCCAAUCAGUGCCACUAAGUCACUCCAUCCAGACCCGUAAUGCAAAACCAGCUGCAUCACCAUCUGAUGAUUCCGCAGAAGAUAACGACGAAGACGGCAAGACUGAAGCGCCUGCCACCACCACUGCUCCCAUUGAUGCAAACAAACCUGCUGCCUCCCCCACUGAUGCAAACAAACCUGCUGCCUCCCCUACCGAUGCAAACAAGCCUGCUGCCUCCCAAACUGAUGCAAACAAACCUGUUGCCUCGCAGAUCGAUGGAACCAAACCUGUUCUCUCUCUCAUCUAAGGAAACACGCCUUUGCACCCUCCAGCCCCGGCAACACUGGCUUCAACUCACGACCUGUGAGGCAAGUAGCCACAAGUUCCACCACUGUCAAGACGACUAUCAACUAAAUUAGUGGUUCAUUCCCACUAACCACUAGGACGACCCUCCAGGUACCAUCCUCUGGUGGUACACCAUCACUACCUCUCUCAAGAACACCUCUAAUUUACAAAUCAAAACCUGUGAAUCAGAACUAUGCUAAUAUCACCUUGUUCGAGUAUUCUAGACAGCAUCCAGGCUAGAUCCCUCAGACUCGCAACAGCCUAAAUCUUUGUCACCAGUCUGCUGUUGCCUUGCUCUACCGUCUUCCAUAGUUAGUGUGUUUUAGCAGUGGCUUCUUCAGUCCAAUGCAGAGAAAGGUGGAAUAAGGACUGAAGAAGCCACUGGCUGGCGAAACAUUUCCAGAUUAAAGAUUCCCAAAAGUUGCUCAACUGUCUCAUUUAUCAACUUGUCGGUUAGCUAUCAAAGCUUUGGGGCCCAGUCCCUGGACCCAUUAUGUACCUCUGUAAUCUUUUGACUACCGCCCACAGGAUGGGUAUGGGGUGCAUGAUAAACAUAUUAAACUAACUUGUCGGUUAUAUGAACCGUUCAUUCACACAGUAAUUGUUACCUUUAUAGUAACAAUCACUCAUUAUAUUGUUUCGAGCCAUCUCUGUCACUCCAAAACACAAAGUUGGCUCCAGUAUCUUGACUCACAGCUGGAGCCGCUUCUGUUACUGUCAACACUCGUCUGUUUAACUUUACACACUGAUAAACACACAACUCUGUCAUCAGUACCUGCACCACUGAUGCUUGGAAUUUCAUUCACUAGAGAUCCAAUGCUCCUUUAACAGUCAACUACAGAGGUUAAGCAGAAUCAAGUCUCGUAUAGAUACGAUGCAUGAUCUGUCCCAUGGGAGUUAUGAUCGAACAAUUAAUGGCGAAAUUGCUCUUUUUUUUUCAUUGGUGUACUUCAAAUCGCUUGUUCUCUCUAAGCUGGAAUAUUGCUGUACACUAACUACCCCCUUCAAGGCAGGCAAAAUUGCUCACCUGUAGAAUGUACAGAGAACUUUCACGACACAUAUAAGUACAAUAAAGCACCU